ACUUCAACUAAAUACUCUCUAUCUAGAAAGAGACCUAGAGCGGUCACCACUAUCGCUCCUUUGGCGAACACAGUCCAGACAAUCACGAGCACGUGAUCACACGGACCGGUUCAACUUGGACGCGCCAUGCAAGUACUUGCCUGCAUAACGGAAUCGAGGGCGCGAUCAACUUCAGGAACCACCAGGAACUUAACCUAGCGAAUCACGUAUUACGAUCCAUCUUGCCCUUUUUAAGAUAAGUUCUUGUAUCGGCAGGGCCCAGUAAUCGGUCAUUUUACCCUGGCAUCUGGAGAGUCGCGGUUGUUUACAUACGGUGGCUCAAAUGCCUCCCAGGAAGCGCAAGUCUGAAGCUACGGCGGCGGUUGUAGAUGAGAUUCCCAAAAGGACACGGAGAUCUCUUCGAGGUGCUGCGAGAGCAGAGUCGCCGAAAGGGGUCAGUUCAGUUGAGAAAGAAACGAAAGCUACUGCCGCUAAAAGUGGAAAAGAUCUUUCUGGGGAGAAGUCUGAGUCAUCGACGAAGCCAAAGGGUGGUAAAAAGACGGAACAGAAAGCUAAUAUCGACCGAGAUGACGAGGGCGAUAAUAAUCGCUCCUAUUGGCUUAUGAAGGCCGAACCCGAGUCACGCUUGGUGAAAGGAAUAGAUGUGAAAUUCUCCAUUGACGACCUGCAGGCUGCUGAAGAGCCAGAAGCCUGGGAUGGGGUGCGCAACUUUGUCGCACGGAACAACAUGCGAAAUAUGAAGAAGGGAGACUAUGCAUUCUUUUACCAUUCCAAUUGCAAGACUCCUGGUAUAGUUGGGAUGAUGGAGAUUGUCGAGGAGCAUUCUGUCGACGAAUCGGCGUUUGACCCAGCCCAUCCUUACUUUGAUCCGAAGUCGAGCCGCGAGAAACCGAAGUGGGAUGUGGUCCAUGUUGAGUUCAGACGGAAGUUCAGCCGAAUGGUCAGUCUCAAUGAGCUGAAAGACCAUGGCAAACCUGGAGGGCCGCUGGAGAAUCUUCAGAUGUUGAAGCAGUCGCGCCUCAGUGUCUCUGCAGUAACUGCUGAGGAGUGGAGGUUUAUCAUGGACCUUGUCGAGAAAGAGGAGGCUACUAGCUGAAGACAGGAAGUAGUCGUCGUCCUAUCCGAGCCAGCAUAUAGGGCAAAGGGAAUAAUCCAGGCUGGGUCGAGCAGAUGCGGAUAUCUCUCCGAUCCAUACUCGAA